GGUAGAAGCAAGCCGGGCCUGCAGCCUCAGCAUUUGGCCGGUGUCAGGCUGGUCGCCGAGAUCGGUAGGAGCAGCGUGGAGGGUGCCAACCUGGGCAGCAUGGAGGUCUGUGUCCACCCUCCUCUUUCUCCCUCCCUCGAUGCGUCUCCGUCGCCCCAGCGUCAUUUUAAGGCGGACCCUGGCACCGCCGGCAGCGUAACGCUGUUGCUGCAAGCUGCGCUACCCCUGCUCGCCUUCCAAGCCCCCGCCCAGUCCGCACGCCCCGGUCCCCGCCCCGGCGCCGAAGGAGUCACACUCACUCUCAAAGGUGGAACCACGGUCUCCCACUCGCCCUCCAUCGACUACUUUGUGCAUGUCACCGCCCCGGUGCUCGCUCGAAUGGGCCUGGUUGUCGAGACGGAGGUCCUGAGUCGAGGCUUCUUUCCCCAGGGAGGGGGACAAGUCCAGGUCCAUGUAUCUCAUCCUCUCUCUCCUCUCCGCCCAUUGAACCUCACGGACCCUGGUCGUCCCCAGCGUGUACUAGCGUUUGCAACUGGCAUUGUAACGGCUGGGAGCGGC